AUGUUGUUAAAAGUUAUAUUGUUCGCUGCGCUUAUAGCGCUUUGCACGGCCGAGAAUCACGCUUACUCUUCUCAGAGCAUAGUUCUUCAUCACACUGAACAGAAAGGUCAUGGACCACAUGAACAAGAACACUACAUCCCUGUCAAAGCAGUGGUUUCUGUCACCGAAAAAGUAGUAUCUGGUGCUAAUUACUUUGAUGAGAGCUCAGGGCAGGAACAGGAGUACAAAUAUAAUCACCAAAAUCAUAAGCCAGCUGAUCUUGCUUAUUCUUCGCAAAACAUUGUCUUACAUCAGACUGAACAUAAGCAAGAGCAAAAUGGUCUCAAGGAACCUGUCCCUGUGGUUACUAAAAAGGUAAUUCCUGUUGCUUAUUAUGCUGUAGAAAGAGCAGGACAUGAACAGGAAGAACAUAAUUAUGAGCAACAAGAUAACAAGCUAGCCAGUCAUGCUUAUUCUUCUCAAAACAUUGUCCUUCAUCAAACGGAACAAGAGCAUGAUGCUCCUCUUAAAGUAACUGUUCCUGUCACAAAAGAAGUUGUUCCUGUAGCUCAUUAUGUGGUAAAGAGUUCCGGACAAGAACAGAAAGAACAUAAAUAUGAGAAUCAAGAACCAGCAGGACACGCCUUCUCCUCCCAAAGUAUUGUCCUCCAUCAUACUGGACUUAAGCAAGAGCACAAUCCUUCAAUCAAAGAAGUAGUUCCGGAAGUGCAUUACGUAGAAGAGAGUUCCGUUGAUGAACACCAAGGACAUAUAUAUGAAUACGAGGACCACAAGCCUGCUGGGCAGAACAUCCUCCAUCAAACAGAACAUAAACAAGACCACAUUGCUCCCUUUAAAAUGGAAGCCCCUGUGAUCCCCAAAGAAGUGUUUCCUACAACACAAUACGUGGUGGAAAGUUCUAGACAUGAGCAGAAAGACCAAAAAUACGAACAACAUGGCCACAAACAUGCCAUUUCUUCCCAGCAUAUUGAGCGUCAUGACAUCCCUGCUGAGGCACCCAAAGGCUUCUAUGAUGAUCAUGGUCCUUCUAAGUACGAGUUCUUAUACAAAGUUCACGACCCUCACACCCACGACGUGAAGCACCAGCACGAGUCUCGUGACGGACACGCCGUGCACGGGGUCUACAGUCUGCAUGAAGCUGACGGCUCCAUCAGGACCGUGCACUACUCCGCUGACAAGAAGACUGGUCUUCUUGUCAGCGGAGUAGUGCACAGUGCGGAUGGAGCCGUCAGCUUCAUGCAGACUGUAGACCCCGUGCACGGCGUGUCCGUCACGAGACUCGUGCUGGUGCUUCACGUCGUGCGUGUCAUCACAUUCGUAGCUAUCCUGGUGGUGUGCCAGGUCUAUGCUCAACACGAGCACCAUCACAAACCAGCUGUCUCCUCUCAGCACAUCGAACGACAUGACAUCCCCGCUAAGCCACCCAAGGGCUUCAGUGACGGUCAUGGCCACGCUAAAUACGAGUUCGAGUACAAAGUGCACGACCCUCACACGCACGACGUGAAGCACCAGCACGAGUCUCGUGACGGACACGCCGUGCACGGGGUCUACAGUCUGCAUGAAGCUGACGGCUCCAUCAGGACCGUGCACUACUCCGCUGACAAGAAGACUGGAUUCCAAGCUGACGUGAAACACACCACUAAACAUGAAGAGCACAAACACCACCAUUAA